AGGUUCUUUGUGUGUGUGUGUGAGUUUCUUGUAAAGACAGAGAACCAUGGGGAAACCAGCGGGUUGGAAGAUGGGGAAGCGGUUGAAACCCGUGGACAAACCCCUGAACAGGGCCAAGCACAGUUUGAACCCUCAUAGAAAAGUGAGCGACGAGAAGAAGGGCAUAGCGAACCCUCGAGACAGGGCUACUAUCAAGCGUCUGAAGAUGUACAAGUCUGGGAAGCCCAAGAGGGAUUCUGCUGGCAAAAUUGUGUGCCCAGCACCGUUCCAGAAUGUCCUGCCUUCGGGUUCUGUGGCUCGAGUGGAACCCAAUCCGAAAUGGUUCUCCAAUACGCGUGUUGUCACGCAGAGUGCAUUGCAGAAGUUUCAGCAGGAGCUGGGCAAAGUCCAGAAAGACAGCUAUCAGGUUGUUUUGCGGCCUACGAAACUGCCAGUGUCUCUGCUGACGGAAAAGCCCAAAAAGAAGCGAUCGCAUAUUCUAGAAACCGAGAGCUACGAGACUGUGUUUGGGCCCAAAAAGUUGCGGAAACGACCCACGCUUUCUGCAUCUAGUCUGGAAGACAUUGUGUCACGUGCCGAAGAAUUGUCGGAUCGCUAUGACGAAGACAAGGACCGGGAUCGGAUCAACAAUGACCCGAACCUGGUCAAGGACUUGACCCGGGAACCCAUCAUGAGAGCUGGGCAAAGCAAGCGAAUUUGGAACGAGUUGUACAAGGUGAUUGAUUCGUCGGACGUCGUUAUUCAGGUGCUGGAUGCGCGAGAUCCUCUGGGAACAAGAAGUCCUGCCAUUGAGAAAUUUCUCAAAGAAGAGAAGCCGCACAAACAUCUUGUCCUGGUGUUGAACAAGUGUGACUUGAUCCCCACCUCUGUGACCCGGAAAUGGGUCAAGAUCCUGAGUGAAGAAUAUCCCACUUUGGCUUUCCAUUCCUCUCUCAGAAAUUCCUACGGGAAAGGAGCACUGAUAAACCUGCUGCGACAGCUGAAAAAAUUGCACGAGGACAAGAAGCAGAUCAGCAUUGGGUUUGUGGGUUACCCGAAUACGGGUAAGAGCUCGCUCAUCAAUACCCUCCGUGCGAAAAAGGUGUGCAAAACUGCGCCGAUUGCCGGCGAGACGAAAGUUUGGCAGUAUGUGACGCUCAUGAAGCAAAUCUACUUGAUUGACUGUCCCGGAGUCGUUCAUCCCCACAAUGAAUCUGAUACUGAGAAAGUACUGAAGGGAGUCGUUAGGGUUGAGUUGGUGGACACGCCGGAGCAGUACAUUGUCGACGUACUUGAUCGGGUUAAGAAAGAGCACGUGGCGAGAACAUAUGAGCUGGAAGACUUUGUAGAUGCGGACGACUUUCUAGAGCAGCUGGCAAGGAAAUCUGGAAAGCUGUUGAAGAAGGGAGAACCAGACAUGAACACAGUCGCCAAGAUGGUGUUGAACGAUUGGCAACGAGGAAAGCUUCCAUAUUUCGUUCCACCGCCCGGUUGGAAACAGGAAGACGAGAAUAACAUGUAUGAUGAGCCUCUGGAAGACGAAGCCGUUGUGUUGGAAGAAGGCGAAGAUGUCGAGGAUGACGAGACGACGGUGUCGAGAGCCAACUCUGCCUUUGGUGAAGACACUGUGUCCCAAGACAGUAGUCGAAUUGCUUCCCCCAUUUUGGAGUUGGAGACGGAAUCGGUUCUCACGUCUUCGGGAGUUUUUCAAGUGUCGAAUGCAUCAUCGUGAUUGUUGCUGCGA